AUGACGGAUCCAUCCCUAAAGGACUCCCACGCUCUAUUUUCUGAUAGCACUGGUAGGGGGUUCGACCGCAACGCACGUCUCGCACAACUACGCCAGUUUAUCUGCAACGCCUCACUCACCACCGAGGAACGCCGCUAUCUAAAGAUUCUCCUUUCCGGUUCCGGCGUAGACAUCAUCGGCGAGCUUCCCAUAGAACUUGUGAAGCAGAUUGCGGGACUGCUAGACCUGCCUCAUUUCGUUACCUGCUUAGCCGUCUCCAGGCGGUGGCGGGACAAGUUUCUAUCCAACUCCGUCCUGGGCGACGUUGUGACCAAGUUCUGUCCCUCAUGGGAGCGGCGGGCGUCGGGGGACGUUCGUGGCGGCAUAUGUGCGCCCCUGGAGGCCCUCCACAGGAUCGGACGGGCACGCUGGGAAUGCUUCCAAGCAAGCCUCGUGAAGCCAUUCUCCUGGGAGCACGAGUCAUAUUUCAAACUCGACCCGACAUAUCACGGGAACGAUGAAGAUGUGUCCGCGGCAUAUGCAAGAUUCAAUCAGUCUCCCGUCGAAGACCUAGGUUCCACGGCAUGUUGGAAUGCCCUGUACGCCAACGGGAAGAUUGCGUGGCGCGCUAAAACUCACACUAUAGUCGUCGACUGUCUCUGGUCACGGACGCGUAAGAUUUUCGAAGUGCCGAGAGGACCACUCCAUAGCCCCUUAGUACUGCUCCGAGCGCUGGGAAACAGACUUGCAGUUUGCGUCCUGGAUCGUCGUCUGAUCGCAUGGGAUCAUGUCAGCAACGUCUAUCUAGAGAAGAAGCUUCCGUCGUACACCCUAGAUGUCACGACUGAAGGACACAGGGUUGCGGUGGUCCUCUACACCAGAGAAAUAUUUCUCUGGGAGUUUGGUGGAAAACUCACCAUCCUUCCGACUACUCCUCUCAUUGCUUAUCAUGGUCUUGACACCAAGACAGCAAGGUCCUGGGAAUCCAAUCUGGUCGUUAUUUUCCACCCCACAUGCAGCAGAACGUUGUUUCUGGCUUCCGGCUACACCGACUACGUGGAUUCCAAGAGGGUUCUUAAGCGAGUCGUCUAUGAAUUUAUGGAUACGAAACAUAUAGAAACCUUUGAGAUAGAAAUCCCCCCGAAGUUGGACAACGCCAGGAGCCCGAAAGAUGUCGCGGUCACGAUCAAAAAAGUUCUACCCUACCGCCGCGACACGAUUGGAUUUUGCGAACAAUAUCCGCCGGUAGGUGAGGCGGUCACCCCACCGUAUGAGACCUUUGUCGAGUUUGAUAUAUAUGAUCGGAAGUUCACCGCGAGAACCGACGAGGAGUUUGACCAUGUCAAAUUUGGCUGGCGGGCCACUCUAGAAGAAGCCGACCUGGACUUCCUAGUCCGGUUCUACGACAACGGCUUUUCAGUUUCUAGCUACCACCUCGGUUUCGAUUUCCGAAACGACGAGUGA